AUGAGAAGUCAUUAUAUUCUCUCCCUCAGGUACUUGUAUGAAUUUGCCUGGAGACACAGGAACAUCCCAGCAGGCUUUGUGCUUAAUGUUACUCAAAACUAUGUGAGAAUGGUAGAGAGAUGUUGCCGCCCUGCUACCAAGAACUCUUGUUUCUUUUUACAGCGGCUCCAGCUGACAGGCUUAAAUGUUUUUCUAAGGUUUCUCUCCAACGUUUGCAACAACCAGAAUAUAAUAUCUUACAGAUAUGGGCUGUCUGCAUAUGGAAAUCUCUUAGGAGGAUCCUUUGAAGAGGUAUCAACUAUUUCCAUUCAAUUCCAGUCUGGGCUAGAUAAAUGUUGUUUACAGCCCCAGCGUGAUUGUAAAAUUGAAGAGCUAACAAGCUUUCAGAAGGUUCUCUGCAAUGAAUCAAAACUGGAUGCCAUGACUGAGGAAUUCAGCGGGUGCUGCAGGAAACCUGCCCUGGAUACGCUUCCCUGUGUGGAUGCCUUGACAAGACAACCACGUCUGUCUUGA